AUGGUGGCGAAAGAUUUUAUAGACCUCUUUUCGAAGUACAGUCAUGGUAAUCGGGUUUCAGUUGAGGAUUUUGCGGAUCGUUUAAAUUUAUUCACAGUCGUCCUCUUCCUAUUAGCAACUAUUAUUGUUUCAACAAAGCAGUAUUUUAUGAGUUCAAUCUCAUGCUAUAUCCCUGUGAAGCCGACUGGUGACAAUUUUAAUUCCUAUCUUGCUGAUUAUUGUUGGGUACAUGGUACCAUACCUUUGAGAUCUGAUGAAAAAUUACCAAAUACUCGUGAAGAAUGGGAUGAAUAUGAUCGUUUAAGACGGAUCACCUAUUAUCAAUGGGUACCUUUCGUUCUCGGACUACAGUGUAUAUUCUUUUACAUUCCACAUAUCGCUUGGCAAGCUGUGUGUGCUAAUCGAUCAGGCGGAGAUCUAUUCGCUCUUGUAAAAGCUGCAGCAGAUGCAGCCAUCUCUGAACGUGGUUCACGUAAAAGUCAGGUGAAACGUGUUGCUGAGUUCUUGGAGGAUAUGAUUGACGGUCACAAAGAUUGUCGACAUGGACGCAGAAUGAAUCUAACCAGACGUGCGUAUGAUAUGUGUGGAAUAUGCGUCGUUAGUAAACGUCUUGGCACUUGUCUUGUCUUCUCCUAUAUCUGCGUUAAGUUAAUCACCAUUAUCAAUGCUAUCAUGCAAGUGUACCUCAUUCAACGUUUUCUCGGAUUUUAUUCUGAUGGCAGCGCUGGUCAACGGAGUAUGCAGCUUGGUAAACCAUAUGAAGCUAACGGGCAAGUUGCGGCAAUAUCAAAUCAUGAGAAUGAAGAUUUAGAAGGUUUUGGAUUUGGUUUAACAGUUGCUAAUCAUAUACGCGCUGGACGUGAUUGGCCAGAAACAAUAUUAUUCCCACGUGUUGCCUAUUGUCGUGUCCCAGGGAUUCGAUUAGUCGGUGCAGAAAAUGCCUAUACUGCUCAAUGUGCCUUACCUAUAAAUAUGUUAAAUGAGAAGAUCUACAUCUUUUUCUGGUUUUGGAUAUGCUUUUUAAUUGCAGCAAGUAUUUUCAGCCUAGUAUUAUGGUUGAUUCGAAUGGUGAUAGCACCAAGACGUAAAGAUUUCAUUAAACGUUUUCUACGCAUUAAAGGAAUACGCUCAAGAAGUGGCGCUGAAAUAACACGAGCUGAUUUAGAUGAAUUCAUUGAUGAUUAUCUUCGACGUGAUGGUGUCUUCCUUAUUCGUAUGCUGGCAAUCAAUGCAGGUGAUGUUAUCACAUCGGAGAUUGUUAUGGCUUUAUACGAACACUACAUAGAUAACAUUUACUCAGUGGAUAAUUCACCACAGAAAAGCUUAGAAAAGGAACCAUUGAAGGAGGGGUCUGGGAUACCACCAAAUUAUGUGUAAUUUUGAAGAAGAUAAAUUGAAACAGGGGGAUAUGUUUUAUCUACUGUCUGUCAUUGUAAUUUUACUAUUUCUACGCGGAAGAACAAACCUAUGUGUUCAUUGGUGUGGACUAACAUACUUCUACCAAUAAUAACUCUUCCCAUCGCACACCUCAAUUCGUAACUUUAUAAGAAGGCGAUAUAUACCGCCUACCAUUUGUGUGUAUGUGUGCCGUUAUCAUUUGCCUUUAAUAACAAACUAUUCGUCUUCCAUUCCUCUUUUUUUAUUCAAUAAAAAAUAUAAAUUACUCCAUAUUAUAUUUAUACUCUCUGGAUUUUUAUUUGUUGUUUUUAUA